CGCCGUUCAACUGGUGUUGUUAGUAGUGGAGCAGCACUCGGAGAGAAAGGGUGGAGGAGGACCAGGAGGUCUACAGAGUUUUAUAAACAGAAAAACAGAGAGAAAUCCUCGCUCCUUUGGAUGCGCAGCGAGCCCGAGGCUUUGGAUUUACUUCUCGACUCACUGAUUCGGUUUUUCUUUCUGUGAAAAGCUCGAAACUCUCCGAGAGAUCGCGACGAUGGGAUCCCAGGCAUCUAAGGGAGGAGUGGCCGUGGAGGGCAAAGCCGCCGAGGCGUCCGCCGCCAAAACGAACGGACAGGAGAACGGCCAUGUCAAAACCAACGGUGACGUGUCCGCUAAAGCAGAGGGAGAUUCAGCCGCCACCACCAACGGCUCGGCCGAGGCAGCCAAGGAGGCUGAGGCCGGCGCGGGAGAUGCCAUCGAGCCAGCACCAGCUGCCGAGGGGGACGCCGCCAAGCCUGAGGGCGAGGCCACCAAGGAGACCCCCAAAAAGAAGAAGAAGAAGUUCUCCCUGAAGAAUUCCUUCAAAUUCAAGGGCCUCUCGCUGAGCAAGAAGAGCAAGAAGAACGCCGAGGUGAAGGAGGAAGCUAAGGCAGAGGAGGCCACAGAGGAGAAGCCCGAGGAGAACGGGGCCGCUGCAGCGCCUGCAGAGGAGGAGAAGAAGGAGGAGGCCAAGGCGGAGGAGACCCCCGCCCCAGCCGAGACCCCCAAAGCAGAGGAAACCCCGGCCAAGGCCGAAGAGGCCGCCGCAGCCGCCCCCAAGGAAGAGGCUGCCCCUGCUGCCGCCGCACCUGCUGCUGAGCCCACAAAACCCACAGAGGAGACCAACUCCACACCCGCACCAUCCGAACAGAAUGAGUGAUUGUACUUCACAAGGACUUUGUGAACUGUUUUUCAAGAAAAAAAAUAUAUAUAUUUAUAUAUAUGUGUAUAUGUAUACAUAUGUAUAUAUACAUGGAUAUAUGUAUAUGUAUAUAUACACAUGUAUGUGAAAAAAGAAAAAAAGAGAGACUCCUCGUGCCACUUUCUUCAAGAUUAAUAUGAAAUGACAGACUAGAUUCACUAGUUCACUUCCCUAAUAAUGGCUCAAAGAUCCGGGACUCUGAAUUUAGGUUGAAAUCACUUCGGGACCGGGAUUUCAAUGCAAGAGUGAGAGAAGUGUGAGUUUGAGAGCGGGAUAAAGAAGGAAAGAAGAAGAGGCAUCUUUCAAAACCCAUCACCACAAAGAUGCUAUAAUAUAAAAAAAGAGAAGUGCAAGAUAAACAUCACCACAUAAUAAUGACUGUUAAAAAAACGGAAAAGAAAAAAAAGACUUGCCAACUUUCUACAUUCCUAUAUUUUAACCCAAAUUUAAGUAUUUUGUGGUGUAUAGAGAACCAUUUUAAAUAUCCAGAAGGCUUUGUCUUGUUUGUUUGAAAUCGCAUUUUAAUUUUCAUCUUGGCUAAAAAAAACACAUUUGAGCUUGCUAUGUUCACAUUUGAGGUUUUAAAAGAAGCAGAGUUGUUAUGUGUUAAAUGUGAGCCUUGAUCUGCUUUUUUGUCUCUGUAAAUACAUUUGACUGAUUUUGUUCUUUAUUUUGCUAAUGUUAAAAGAUGUUACUGGUUUUAUUGUAAAGUUGAUAAUGGUAAAUAAAUGUUGGUUACCUAA